AUGAACGACUUGUGCGCUGAAAAAUCCUUUGGACCUGCGUCGCCAUGCAGACAUAUGGAUCUUACACUGGGAUUCCAGUUCAGAUUCAUGUCGAUUCUUCCUGCAUCGAUAUUCAUCUUCUGUGGCGUAUUUCGCGCUGCUAGCCUUGCGCGAUCUCCUGAAGUUACUCGCCGCGCAAUAGACCUGCUUUCGGCCGUAAAACUUCUUCUAGGCACCAUACUGGUGGCAACCCUCGCGGUUACUCUUGCGUAUGUGCCACGAGAUGACUGGGGAAAGUGGGCCACAGCUGGAUACGCCCUUGAGCUCGUUGCAGUGAUUUGCCUGAUAGCAGUUUCCUACCUUCACCAUACUCGCUGCUUCGCGCCUAGCACUCUCAUUGGACUGUAUCUUUUCCUUUCUGUGCUCUUUGCUGCAGCCCAACUGCGAACGUAUGCUACCGCUAGCUCUCUUCAUGCAAAGUACUUUGCGCCGUUUGUCGUGUCAUUUGCCGUACGGACGUGUUAUUUGGUCGCCGAGCUAGCCCAGAAGCGAAGAUUCCUGCGAGAGACAGAUAAACCCACGGCACUAGAGACGACCUCCUCAUUACUGUCGAGGCUCUUCUUCGUGUAUCUCUAUCCGCUUCUCCUCGGAGGAUUCAAACGCGCCUUCGACCUCGAUGAUCUGGUCGCCUUUGGUCUGCCACCAAUCUUGUCUGGAGUGCCGGCAUGUGCAGCACUGACCAAGGCUCUUCCCCGCUCCAAAGACGCGGCUCGUAUCCCGAUAUUCAUUCCUUCCAUGAGAGCAUUCCUUUCCCAAUUCCUCGCGCCCGUCGUUCCCAAAUGCAUUCUGAUAGCCACGACAUUUACCCAACCGUUUCUUGUGGAGUCGAUGCUCUCUUUCGUAGACUCCUACAGCGAUUCGAACGGCGCACGCGACGAUCCAGCUCAUGGCUGGGGCUUGGUUGGUGCAUAUGCCAUUGUAUACCUGGCCAUAGCAUCGUCCACCGCCCUUUACUGGGAUAAGGUGUAUACGAUGGUCGUCAGAUAUCGCGCGGCUCUAGUCGGUGUCAUAUUUGACAAGUCAAUGCGGCUUUCGGCCUCGGUAGCAGAAAGGUCUGUUGACGUCGAGCGUGUAUGCGAAGGAAUCGCGUUCUUCCAUGAACUAUGGAGUGCUUUUAUCUCCAUUGCAGUCGCGGCAGUUAUUUUAUGGUUCAAGGCCUCUUUCGCGAUGAUUCCGCCUAUUGUGAUUAUGGUCGGAUUCUUCGUCAUCACCAGCCGUAUCGGAAACCACGUCGCGAAAGCCCAAAAGCGCUGGAUGGGAAGUACUCAGGAUAGGCUAAAAGUUCUGACCUCAGUUAUGUCACAAAUCAUUCCAGUAAAGCUUCUUGCCGUCGAACCGACGAUGCCAAAGUGGAUAGAACCUGUCAGAAUCAGAGAAAUAGGUUAUCUCAAAACCUUUUAUGCACGGCUUGUCAUCGUAGGCGUCUUAUCGUCUGCGACCAUCAAUUUCGCUGGCAUUGCCGCGUUAGGGACGUUCGUUGGAAUAAAAUCGGAGGAUCUUUAUCCAGAGACCCUGUUUACUAUAUUGACUGUGGUUAAUCUUGUUACUCUGCCCAUCAGCACUGUUGGUAACUGCUUCCCGCUCUUACUCGCAUCAUACGCCAGCAUGAAGCGGAUAGCCGGGUUUUUAUCACUACCCGAGAAGACUAGUUUCAUCGAGCAAGGCAUUUCGACAGACUCAAACUUCACAGACGAUGAAAAAAGCGACCUCAAACAUCAAUGCGAUAUUUCUCUCAGCACCUACAAUCCCUCUCGGGUGACGCUAUCACAUGCAACAAUUGCCGCGGGCAAAGACGGGAAGGCCUUGAUAUCCGACUGUAAUGUAUCAUUCGAUAUCAAUAGUGUGAGCAUGGUCGUAGGACCCGUUGGUGCCGGAAAAUCGAUUCUCCUCAAAACUCUUCUCGAAGAGACUUACUUUAUAGAAGGCGCGAGCUCUAGCGUCCUGCCCCAAGGCCGAAUAGCAUACGCACCUCAAGAGGCGUUUGUAUGGCCUACGACCGUGCGUGGGAACAUCGUCCUAGACAACGAGUUCAACCCACAGUGGUACGAGGCGGUGGUGGACGCCUGCGCUCUACGCCCUGAUUUGGUGCGUAUGGCUAAUGGUGACAUGACCGAGAUAACCCCCGGUUCUGUUAGUGGUGGACAAAGACAACGCGUUUCCUUGGCGAGAGCCGUGUACGCCAAAUGCGACGUUACUCUACUCGACGAUUGUUUUUCGGCAUUGGAUUCCCAUACAGCGGUUUCCGUGUUCGCUAGGCUUCUUGGUGAAGAUGGUUUGUUACGGGGAAAAGGAAAAUUAGUCGUGCUUGUCACGCAUAAUUUCACAGUGCAACACCUUGCAUCCGCUGAUCAUAUAGUUAUCCUCGACUCUGGUGCGGUCGUUGCAGAGGGUAGUCUGUCCGAACUACAUGACAGAGACCUCGAUGUCGCUCAAUACAUCGGACAGAAAAAGGAAGAGGAAGAUGAGGACGUGGAAGUCCAAGAAGAAGCAAAGCCCAGCAACGUUCCCACCAAAGAGGAAGAGACCAAAAAACCAAGCCAAGCAGCCGAAAAAAAGGUCGACGAAGAAGAAAAGGGUGUUCGUGGUUCAACGUCAUGGCCGACUUACAAAUUCUAUAUGAAAGCAUGCGGUUGGGAUAGGCUGGCGCUCUGCUUGACAUGUCUUGUCAUUUACACCGCGAUGCAGAUCGGUCUGCAGAUCCUGCUUAAACAGUGGUCCGAAAGUAAUACCACUUCGCAUGGGCCUUGGCUCGGAGGCUAUGCUGCUUUUGCCGUAACCUGCUUCCUGACAUCAUUCAUGACAAUGUGGAUGUACACCCAGCUCACUGUUCCCCGCGCCUCCUUGAUCAUUCACGCUCAGCAGUUAUCAGCCGUGCUCGCUGCUCCAGUCACAUACUUCCAACGCACGCCUUUGGCGAAAUUACAGAACCGAUGGUCAAGUGAUAUGUUCAUCGCCGACUUCGCCUUUCCGAGAGCACUACAAGACUUCACAUUCACGGCUGUCUAUGUUGUGGGAGCGGUAGUUCUCAUUUUGAUUGCCGUGCCUUGGCUUGCGAUAUCUAUCCCAGUCUUAGGUGCUGUUUAUUGGGGCCUGCAGAAAGUAUAUCUGGCUACCUCAAGACAACUGCAACGAUUGACUUUAAGCUCCAAAACACCGCUGUACACGGCUUUUACCGUAACGCUGUCUGGCCUGACGACGAUUCGGGCCUUCCAUUCGGAGAAGCUCUUCAAGGACAUGAGCAUAUACCAUCUCGACCGAUCUCAGGUCCCAAUGUAUUACCGUUACGCGGGAAUCCGAUUUUUACGCACCUCGUUGAACCUGCUCACGGCUUGUGUUGCCAUUGCCAUUGCGGGUCUUGCUGUGGGGCUACGAGGCUCUACCUCUGGAGGCUACCUGGGUGUAGCGCUCUCCCAGCUUGUCAGCCUUGCGCAAAGCCUUAUCAAUUUGCUCUUAGCGUACACUCGCGUUGAGAAUGGAAUCGUUUCGGUGGAACGACUCUUCGAAUUGGACGGCCUUCAAUCUGAAUCACUCCCUGACAAAAAAGGUCGACAAGAACCUGGCUCCAAAUGGCCCGUUUUCGGUUCUAUUGAAUUCCGCAACGUUGGUCUGCGAUAUGGAGAAGGCCUGGAUCCUGUUCUUCAUAACAUUAGCUUCACAGUCCAGGGUGGCGAAAAGUUAGGUAUUUGCGGACGCACAGGGAGUGGAAAAAGUAGCACUGUUUUCGCGCUACUCCAAGGACUUGGCGCGACAGGACUUUGUACCGGCGAAAUCUUUAUUGAUGGUAUUGACCUAGCGACUGUACCUCUCGAGACGUUACGCUCGGCCAUCAGUACCGUCUCACAAGACCCUUUCCUGCUAUAUGCAAAGAUGCGAGACAACUUGACCCUCGGAUGUUCUACGGCGGUAGAAGACGAACAGAUAUGGAAAGCCCUUGAACUUGUCGGGAUGCGCAAGCUUGUCGAAGGUCUUGAGGGACAGCUUGAUGCUAUGGUCUCUGCUGAUGGACUCCAGUUUUCCGCUGGAGAGCGUCAACUUCUUUGUAUAGCCAGGGUCCUCUUGCAAAAGCGCAAGAUCGUAGUGCUCGAUGAAGCUUCUUCGAGUAUGGAUACUUCUACAGAUCAGCGACUGCUGUCUGUGCUGCAGAACAAUUUGCGGGAAGCUACAGUCAUUUCAGUCGCACAUCGCAUCUCUACUAUCGUGGACUACGAUAAAGUCAUGGUCCUUGAUAAUGGCCGUGUCGUGGAGAUCGGGUCACCGAAAGAUUUAUUGCAACGUCCUGACUCGCUUUUCUACGUGCUUCAUAAGAAUCAGGUUCUCUGA